AUGGCCGCCACUCAAGCUCAGAACGCCAAGAAGGCUGCCCUCAAGGGUACCAACGGCUCCAAGACCCUCAAGUACCGAUCCUCCACCAUCUUCCGACGACCCAAGGUCCUUGAGCUCCCCAAGAAGCCCCUGUACCAGCGAAAGGCCGUUGCUCACUACCCCCGAAUGGACUCUUACGAUGUCAUCAUCUCUCCCCUUAACACUGAGACUGCCAUGAAGAAGAUCGAGGACUCCAACACCCUUGUCUUCAUUGUCAACAAGAAGGCCAACAAGUACCAGAUCCGAGAUGCUAUCAAGAAGCUCUACGAGGUCGAGAUUGCCUCUGUCAACACCCUCAUCCGACCCGACGGUAAGAAGAAGGCUUUCGUCCGACUCACCGCCGACCACGAUGCUCUUGACAUUGCCAACAAGAUCGGUUACAUCUAA